CAGGUUGAGCUUCUCUCCUCAUCUCCGAGCAUCAACCCAGACUAGUACAGAGGGCAGUCGGUGAGCAUGAACUGAGAAGUAAAGAGAACGCAUUUGGGUUGGGCGCAGUAGCUCAAGAGCAAAAUGCCAAAUCUACGGAACUGGAUGACUUGAAUAUAUGAUUCAGUUGUCUUAACGCCAACUGAAUUAUAUCGCGAAUGACUUUUUUCCCCGCAACAAACUACGGUGAUGUGAGCGUUUCUUCCGAGGGCCGUGCGUUCUAUUCGAGACCACCAUGCCACAGGUCCCCCACUGCAGCCGCGCCACGGUGACAACAGCAACAUAAUGGCAUGUAGGAGCGGUUGCUGCUGCGGCUCCGGUCCGAUAAACGAGGAUAACGCGCGGUUCCUGCUGUUGGCAUUGUUCAUCGUCCUUUAUCUCCUGUGCGGGGCGGCCGUCUUCUCUGCGCUGGAGCAGCCGAAGGAGCGAGAGGCGAAGGAGCGCUGGGCGCAGAGGUUCGAGCAUUUCAGCCAGAAGUACAACCUGAGUAAGAGGGACCUGGAUAACUUCCUGAGGAACUACGAGGAGGCGAACGUAGCGGGCAUCCGUGUGGACACGAUCAGACCCCGAUGGGACUUCAGCGGCGCUUUUUACUUCGUGGGAACUGUGGUGUCAACCAUUGGGUUUGGUAUGACCACUCCUGCCACCAUUGGGGGAAAAGUCUUCCUGAUGUUUUACGGCCUGCUGGGCUGUGCAGCUACCAUCCUCUUCUUCAACCUCUUUCUGGAGCGCGUCAUCACUGUCAUCGCCUUUGUGCUCAAGUCCUGUCACGAGCGGCGGCGUAACAAGGCCGUGCUUCCGCAGAACGGACGGCAAGUCUCUGAUGGAAACAGAGCAGGCGGAAAUGGAGGAGGGAAAGGGGAGGACCUUGCCGGCUGGAAGCCCUCAGUCUACUGCGUCAUGCUCAUUCUGGGAGCGGCGGCCAUUUUGGUGUCCUGCUGCGCCUCGUUGAUGUACUCAGCGACUGAGGGCUGGGGCUACCUGGACUCGCUCUACUUCUGCUUUGUGGCCUUCAGCACCAUCGGCUUUGGAGAUAUGGUGAGCAGCCAGCGCGUCGCUUACGAGGGCCACGCCACGGCCGCGUACCGGCUGGGGAACUUCUUCUUCAUUCUGACCGGGGUCUGCUGCAUCUACUCCCUCUUCAACGUCAUCUCCAUCGUCAUCAAGCAGGUCCUCAACUGGCUGCUGAGGAGGCUGGAGGCGCCGUGCCGCUGCUGUUUCCCCAGGAGGGGUCACCACCCGCACCGGCACCCCCGUCGGAACGUGGUCGCCCCGGGCCACCUCCGCACCCGCAGAGAUCCCUCCAUCGAGACGGACGCCAUCAACGAGAGCGAGACCGACACCGGGCGCAGGAUGUCUGGAGAGAUGAUCUCCAUGAGGGACUUUUUAGCAGCCAACAAGGUGAACCUGGCCAUUAUGCAAAAGCAGCUAUCGGAGAUGGCCAUUGGGCACCCGCGCCAGUCCAGCUCCAGCUCACGUCAGAACGGCUUCUCGGGAGGGGUGGGCGCCCUCGGCAUCAUGAAUAACCGACUGGCAGAGACUAGCGUGGACAGAUAGGGGACACUGGGCGAAUCCCUUUCGGAGGACACCAGCUAGUGAGGACAGCCUGACACUGCGGAAAUUUGUUGCACAAGAAUGAAGGCUAACUCCCAGCAGCUACCACCUAGGAUGAAACCAUCUCAGCCCGCUUCCCCGACAAGUACACGGCUACAUGAAUGAUGCAUGAUAGUUUGCUGGAGUCUCACAUCUGGACAAGGCUCACAGUGCAGGAAUGCUCCCCCACGAGGAGUUCAGUUUCCAUGGUGAUGAAAAAGCCUGCCUAGAGCCCUUGUAUCUAAGCUUUAAAACCUGAUGCACUACAUGCUACUUCACACCAAACCACGACUUCCACUCAUCUGCAGUACUUUGCAAUACUCACCACAACUACUGCCCAAGCCAACACUGUAUCUGUCCCUGUAAAGGAUAUUGAGAGAAAAAUAGCUUUAUUAAAGUGGGUGUUUCUUG